AUGGAUGUAAAACUUAGACACUUAAUUCUCGUUUAUUUGGGCUGUAUAAACCUCGUUAAGUCAAAUCCACUAACAACACUGUACCUGGAUGUAGACGUAAGGGUGAUACCGAGUGUGGCAGCACUAGGAGGGUCAGAAGAAGACGGCUACGCCUUCGAGGGCCCGGAAUCGAUGGAAGUUCACUCGACAGGAAUGUUCGGAAUCCCGAUACCGAAUGAACCCGUGGACGAAGAAGCGCUCUUCUUCACAUACAACCACGACAAGCUGCACCUGCAAAUGUACAAGGUGGACAACUGCACAUAUUAUAGGCUCACUCCAAGAGUAGAGGGUUCGGUCAGAAGGAUAUUCAGAGGAAUGUACAAGGUGUGGGAAAGUAAGGGAGUUGAGGAGUUCAUGUACAUGGUCUUCACUAAGCCAGUGAAGGGAGAAAUGAUUAUCCACAUGUUCGCGAAACAAGAAAAUAGCUUCAGAAGGUACCUGUACAACACGUAUACGAAGAUAUUCUACCACGUGCAUAGCAGUAAGACGAUUUAUAAAACGGUUAAGUCAGAUGCGUUUCCAGAGUACAGAGCUGAUGCGACAGUAAUAACGCACACCAAUCUGAUCCCAAGAGGGCCCUCGCACCCGUGGCCAGAAAGGCAAAAGUUGUUUAUUGAAAUACCAGAGCCACUGAAAGAGAGAGCAAGAAGAAGAGAAAAGGAACUUCAGGAAAAAGUACUGAUGACGUCCACUUCGAAACCAGAAGAGUCACAAGCUGGGAUUCAAGACGCAAAAGAACAAGAGUCACAAGGUGGAAGUCAAGAGGCAAAAGAACAAGACUCACAAGCAGGGAGUCAAGAGGCAACGGAAAAAAACCCGGAAGAACAGCCAAGCUCAUACUAUAAACCCGGAAAUCCGGUAUUUACGUAUAAUUCAUUUGAGGAAAUGCUCAAGAAAAACCCGUUUCCAACUGUUUACAUUACAAAAGACGGAACUCAGCAUUACGAUAAUAAAAACCUUGGUUCGGAGGAAGUAGAGGUAAUACGAUUCAUGCACGACCCAGUUUUGGUGGAGCUGGUAGCAGAAGAAAAGAUGAGGGCGAAGUACGAACAACUCAUGAAAAAAAAAGAAAUGCUCAAAAGGGACACUAGAAAAGGAAUACCCAGGAAGUUGGUAACAAAUAACAAUACGCCAGAAGAAGGUAACGAUGAAGAUACUUCAAGAGAAGGGAGACUUUUUACAGACGAUGAACGAGUAGAGCAGAGUCAAAGCGAUGACGAUAAACCAGACGAGGGACAAGGACAAGGAGGGGCCUCAGCAGGGGGUAGCGGAAGAAGCCAAGCAAGUGGCCACACCAGAGGACACAGCAGUGGACACAGCAGUGGACACAGCAGCGGAACAGGGAGUAGGCAUUCAGAAAGGUCAGGAGAGUCGAGUCGCGAUAAGGACAAGCACCUCAGAGAGGACGAAGGAAGCCACGGAAAGCAUCACCAAAGGGGAGCAAUGAUCACACAGACAUCACUAGAAGUGUUGAACAGGCCGAGAAUAAUAGGACCAGGAGGCAAGGAAAACCCCGAAUAUCACCGAACAAACUACGGAAAUAGACGAUUUGCGGCAAUGUAUCAGCCAGAAUCGGAAUACCCGAAUUACUUAGAAGACCAGCAUCUUUUGAGAAACUACCCGCAAAGCCAAAACUUGGAGGACUGCGCAGAGGAUGUGGACUGCCACUUGGAUGCCUCAGACAAUGAUCAUAGAAGAAGUUCAUCCAGAAGGAAGCGCUCGACCAAAGAAGACCGGAGAGUGCCCGAUCAAGCGAAGGAAGCGACGGAGAGGGCGACCGAAAACACUGAACCUCCAGCAGUGGAGCCGCAAAGGGAAGCAGGACAGUUUGAAGGCAGAACGCAAGACACUGACUACCUGGCUGAGCCCGAGCUUUCAAUCAUAAAUGAAAUUGAGAAGUUCAUAAGGCCCGAAUGGGACCAGCGGGAAUCGAACAAUGGAUACCAGCGAGUGCGCGGGGCAGAAAUCCCAGCCUCGUAUAGCGUCGCGCAGCAGUCGGCGGGAUGCGUAAAGGGGUACGGAGUGAUUCCGGAGUCGCAUCAGUUCUACCACCUGCAGCAGUCAUACCAAUCGCGCAAGAUCUAUCACUCGGAGGAGCCGCAGCAGCGGUACGUGGCGCAACAGUCUUACCAGACUCAGCAGUCGGAUCAGUCGGUGCCCGAGGACCAGGAGGCCAGGGGAAGCCACGUCCUGUGCAUACGAGGCCCGAAGAGCACGCAGCCGCUGGUGUUCCCCCCGAACGAUCCCAUAUUCGAGCAGGGAGAGUCCCAGAGGGGCUCCGAGUUUGAACCGCACCUGGAGCCGUCCAACCACAGCUCGCCGCCCAAAAGGCUGCUCCUGUCCCAGAAUGAGGAGCAGCAACUGGGAGGCUACCACGUAGGCGCAGUUCCAACGAGCUCAAGCGAAAACGACGGUGCUCCUGAGCCUGCUCUCGGAGCAGUGGCAGCGCCGAUGGGUGUCGAGAGUUACGGUAUGUCGGUGACGAAUGAGACGCAGUCCAUCUACCAAAUGCAACGCUACAGUCCGGUGAGCUUAGGCGAGGGUGCCGCGGCGAAUCAGGACUCGGAAAACAGGCUGCCUGCGCAGGAGCCGGGACCCAGUGCGCCAGCUCAGCAGGCAGAAGGGGGCGCGGCGGCCGUUCCAGAAAAUAAGCCGCAAAAGGAGGUCAAGAAGAAGAGGCACGUGAGAAAGACGCGCGUGGUGCGCAAGACGAUAUACCCGGACACGUUUCUGCAGUACUACAUCGCAGCCAACACGCACGGGUACAUGGAGUGCGAGGACAUGAUUCCCAGUCUGCCGAUCCUGCCGAUCUUGCCUGAGCCCCAGGACGUCGUCGAGAGCUACACUGAGACCGAGAGCGACACUGACACGGCCGACGAGGGCGAAGUGCUCGACGAGUCGGGCCGUCCGAUCACCGACCCGAGGUCGCCGAGGCCCACAAGAAUCCGUUCACGUCGCAGCAGACGCCCCGAGCCUCCGAAACAGGAGGAAUCCGCGUGCACAAUAUAUUCUAAAAACGGUUCUUUCCACAACCUAUAUGAGUUGAAGCGAAUCUAUGCAGAUGAAUACAAUUAUUACAGAUGGCGUAUACUGCUAGAAUAG